AUGAGGAGUGUAAACAAUGUGACUGAAUUCAUUCUCCUGGGCCUCACACAGAAUCCAGAGAUGCAGAAAAUCAUAUUUGUGGUGUUUUUGCUCAUCUACUUGGCAACACUGGGAGGCAACCUGCUCAUUAUCAUCACUAUUGCCUAUAGUCAGGCUCUGGAUUCCCCCAUGUACUACUUUCUGUCCUACUUGUCUUUCCUAGAUGGCUGUUGUUCAUCUUCCUUGGCCCCCAAAAUGAUAAUUGACUCACUCUUUGAGAAGAAAACAAUCUCCUUCAAUGGGUGCAUGACCCAACUCUUUGCAGAACACUUUUUUGGUGGCACUGAGAUCAUCCUGCUCACAGUCAUGGCUUAUGACCGCUAUGUGGCAAUUUGCAAGCCUUUGCACUAUACAAUGAUUAUGAGCCAGAAGCUCUGUAGCCUUCUAGUGGGGGUAGCUUGGGCUGGGGGCUUUCUACAUGCAACAAUACAGCUUAUCAUCACAAUCUGGCUCCCCUUCUGUGGCCCUAAUGUUAUAGAUCACUUCAUGUGUGACUUAUUCCCUCUGCUCAAUCUUGCUUGCAUGGAUACUCAUACCCUGGGUCUGUUUGUUGCAGCCAAUAGUGGGUUCAUCUGCCUUUUAAACUUUCUCCUCUUGAUAGCUUCCUAUGUAGUCAUAUUGACUUCCCUGAAAUCUCAUAGUCAGGAGGGGAGGCUCAAAGCCCUCUCCACCUGUGUCUCCCAUAUCACAGUAGUCCUGUUAUUCUUUAUUCCUUGUAUAUUUGUAUAUCUCCGGCCAAUGACUAUCUUCCCCAUUGAUAAGGCUAUCACAGUUUUUUAUUCAAUGAUAACCCCCAUGUUAAACCCCUUAAUCUACACUUUGAGGAAUAAAGAAGUAAAGGCUGCCAUGAGGAAUUUAUGGAGUCAAAGAAUUGCCUCAUGUAAGAAAUAA